AUGCUGAGAUUUCGUAAAUAUCUGCUCGCCACUCUUCUUCUCAUUAUUCAAAUCUCAUUUUGUUUUCUCUUCGGCUUUCAUGCUCGAUAUGUUUAUGCUCCUGUCUCUUCUGUUAAGAAUCUUACGUUUUCUGCAGUGAGUAUUGUUGAAUAUUACUAUCCAAUGUUUAUGGAUAUUCAUGUUAUGAUGUUCGUCGGUUUCGGUUUUCUAAUGACAUUCUUAUAUCGUUAUUCUUAUUCGGCUAUAGCAUUCAAUUUUGUUCUGUGUGCGUUUACAUUUGAAUGGGCUUUACUUAUGCGUGGCUAUUUUUUUAAUUGGGAUACGAAUGGACAACAAUUUGCAAUAGAUAUCAAAAGCUUAAUAACAUCUGACUAUGUUGCUGCGAGCAUAUUGAUUUCAAUGGGUGCCGUUUUGGGAAAAGUCAAUCCAUUUCAAUUGAUUCUUAUGGCAUUUUGUGAAGUACCAGUACAAGUUGUUAACGAAUGGAUAGGUAGAACAUUCUUUUGUGCUAAUGAUGCGGGUGAAUCGAUAUUUGUUCAUUUAUUCGGUGCGUAUUUCGGUCUAGCUGUUAUGUUUGUACUUUUCCGUUCGGAUAUGCUAGAUUCUCCUCAUCAAAAGUCUCGUUAUACAUCAGACAUUUUUUCAAUGAUUGGUACUAUUUUUCUUUUCUGCUUUUGGCCUUCAUUCAACGCUGCUAAUACCGCCGGUCCCGAACGUCUACGUGCAGUAAUCAAUACUUGUGUGUCGAUUUGUUCGUCUGUUCUCGGUACGUUUAUAGCAUCAUCCCUUGUUCGACGUGGUAAACUCGACAUAGUUCAUGUACAAAGUGCUACUCUUGCCGGAGGUGUCGCAGUAGGUACUGUUGCUGCAUCAAAUAUCGGUCUACACGGCGCUUUAAUCAUUGGUACAUUAGCUGGUUUCGUAUCAACACUUGGGUUUUAUUCUGUAUUACCUAAACUAGAGGUUAUUCGUAUACAUGAUACAUGUGGUGUUCACAACUUGCAUGGAAUACCAGGAUUGAUGUCGGGUAUAGCAGGCAUUAUUGUAGCUUCUAUUCCGGAGAAAUCAGGUUUUCAAGAUCAUUUAACCGUGCUCUGUCUGACGGGUGGCCUACAACGUUCAAGCAAUAUUCAAGUAGCCUAUCAGGCAGCUGCAGUUGGACUCACGUUGAUUGUGGCUAUUGCCGGUGGACUAUUUACUGGAGUGCUAUUACGGUUACCAUUAUUUUCUCAGGAGUCGCAAUAUUUUGAUGACAAAGUUCAUUGGCAUAUACCGAAACCUGAGCAUACAAUAAGUUUAAAGAUGUGA